GACGCUUCACUUCCGGGAAAUAUCGUGAUGCAGUUUCUACUUCCGUGAUCGGUUUGACUUUCGAUUUUCGAUCGUCACCUCGUUGAAAUUACCUCAAUUUCAGUGGAAUUAAGGUUCCCGAGGGGCUGAUAGACUUGAACAUUGAAUAAUAAGACCAUGCUGGUGCAAGAUCUAAUAAGCAUUGAUGUCAAAGACUUUGAACAAGAUUCUUUAUCAAAGAUAAAGGGCCUUGAUGUAGAUGUUGAAAGUUUCUCGACCAUUAUUGAAUGGUACGAUGCUGAUCAGGGAAACCGAGACCUCACUAUAUAUGGUGAGCCAGGCAGUGGCUGUAGUACACUUGCAGAGGGGCUUUGCCAACUUCUGGUAAAGAAUAAGAUUGUAGAUACAGAAGAAGUUUUGUACUUGGUGGUCCAAGAGGGUUGUGAUGAGACAUCAUUGUGGAAGAUGAUGAGCAGGAAAGCAAGAGAGAGAAACCAGAAAGACACUGCAUCAUAUGUGCUUCAGGAACAUUUGAGUAAAAAGAUGAAAGUGGAACGUGUAAGGGAAUUUGUGGAAAAAAAUUACAAAGUCAUAUGUGUUGAUGAUGCUGAUUUGGAUGGCAACAUCACAGCAGACUUGGUUUCAAGAAUUUCACCUGAGUCUUGCUUGAAAAUUAUAAUUCAUAACUCCAAAAAAGGAAGUGAUUUGCAUAAUGAACUGAGAAGUGUUUUUCCAAUUCAACUUAAAGGUAUGAAGGAAGCUAUAGCUAUUGGAAUUCUCAAGGAUAAUCUUGGGUCAGCUGAUAUCGAUGAGAAAAUUGUAUCACAACUUUGUUGCUUGCUUAACAGGAAUCCAUCAGCUUUGAAGCUAUUUGGGAAUUGUGUGAAUGCUUACUUUCGAGGAUUCGAUUCAAUUGUGAAUGAGCUCACGUUGACAGAAGUGGGAAUAACCAAUGAUAACUUUAUAUCAAACUCUGCUGUUUCCAAAUCUUUGAGGUUUCUUUUUAAACAUGCUAGUGAUAAGAAGGUCAUUGAAGUGUUGCAUCAGUUGAGAAAGAUCCACAGGCCGCUGCCUCUAUUGUCCCUAGAUGCCAGACUUUCUCAACUUCAAAAGCUGACAAUAUUAAGACAAGAAGAAUCCAAUGGAAUCUCAUUUGUUUCCAUGCCAAAGUGUUUCCAAAAGUGUCUCAGUGAACAGCAAAAUGGGAAUCACAGUACAGGGGAGAAAGAGGAAUCCUUUAGUGUCUUGAAUUGUUGGUACUCCCUUCUCUCUGAUCGUUUAAAGCAGCUUGUAAGAGAUGCAGAGGAGAAUGCAUGGCCAUUUGUUCCUGAGAAAUGGCAAUACAUCCAGACCGUUGGAAAAGAAGAGAACUACAACAUCAAGGAACUUAUCACAUCCUCAAAUUCCACUGUAGCUUCACUGACAGAGCUGGACGUUCUGAAGGAAUGCUUGUUCCAUGCAUAUGUCCAGGAAGAGUUCAGCAAGUUGGCUGCUCUGGUAUUUGUACUGGACAGGUUUCUUUACUGGCAAGGAAGUGAGAAGGUAACACUGACUGUGUUAGAUCACAUUCAGCGAAGGAGUCCCCACAAUGCCAUUGCUCCCCAGCUGCUUAUAAGGCAGGCUCGGAUUAUGAAAAAUAAAGGCAACUUGCAAGACGCCGAGAAAACGCUAGAUAGGUUACUGAUGAACAGGUCCGAGAUCGGUCAGUGGAAGUAUCGCGAGGCGAAGGACCACCACCUCGUGUCUGGCGUCUGCGUUCAGAUCAAAGGUGACAUACAAUACACAUUGGGAAACCUGAGUGAGGCGGUCAGAAUGCUGGUCUGUUCCAUAGAGCUGUUUGGAACUCUUCCUGAACCUGAUAAGAAGGGCUUGUCUGCAAGCCACGGGCUUCUUUCUUUGUGUCUGCGGGGUAUGACAGUGUCAGAUUACACUUAUCUCAUUCAAUCUCUUGGUCUCCUCAACGCUCACCCGCUACUCGCUGCGUACUUCAGCGCUAAGGAAGCAGCCAAGCUCUCUGUCUACACCCCUAUGUUCUUCCUUCGCCAUUCUUGUCAAGCCGGUGAAAUCAUGCUGGAAUUUGCCAAACUCGCGUUCCACAUGGAAGCAAAACGUCAGCUUCUCAAGGUUGCUGUUGAAGAUCUUAAAGAUAGCGUCCAAGCCCACCAGACGUACGCAUCCCUGACAAGCAAAGAGCAGUUCUACCUUCUUGUCUGCGCUAUUUUCAAGCUUAGCCUCGCAUUUGCAGACCUUCAGGAGUUGAAACAGGGGGUAAAGCUCAAGCUACUUGCGAUGGUGCUAUACGAGCAUUACUGCUCCUUUAGUGAGGAGAUUCUCAUCGACGGAACAAUCACUAAAGUCAUAUACCAGUGUCUUAUGAUACUACAGCUUGAGGAGUAUUCUCGCGAGAACCUUCCAAAUGCAGGAGAGCUCCUGUACAGAUACAAUACAGCGCGUGCGCAGAACCGCGCAGCGAUGGGUACGAGCUUAACACCACUGAGCUUGCUGGGACCGAACCGCAGGCUCGUUUCUGGGGGAUAUCAAGAGAUCGUUGGGAAAUAUGACAGCGAACAUAGAAGCAAGAGUGGCGUUACUGCAGAUGUAGUGCAAUCAACCCUAACGCCGGAAGUAGGAAGUGCAGAGGGCACUACGGAAACUGUGGACCAGUAUCGCGUGACUGGUGGUGACAAAGAUUGCGUUACCCUCAAUCAAGACUUUGCCUCCGAUGAAGGCGGUGCCGAGAGCUCUGUGAAAACUGUUGACCGUUCAGCGGAGACACAGGAUUGCGUUACACAAAACCAUUAUCAGGUGACUGGAAGCACAAAAGAUUGCGUUACACAAAACCAGUAUGAAGCAGAGAAAGAAGAUUGCGUGACUGUCGACCGAUCAGCCUCCACCGUUGGUUUGACGACCGAACCUCCUGCUGACAAAAGCGUUGUCACGCAAAGUCUGGAAACCGAAGUUGUCCCUCUUCCCGCUUUGUCGCGCUCUGGCACGCUACAAAAAGCGGAUGUCACGCACCAGCUGUCACGCCUAGAUGUCACGAAUAUGCGCGUACAAGAUGCUGUACUGUGGAGGUACGAACUCUCAAAUACAGGUCAAGGCCAGUGGCGAGGGCAACCAACCAUCGCUCAUGUAGGGGAGCCGCUAUCUUUGGCCAAGAACAAGAAAGGAGGCCAGAGAAACGCUCUGAUGGUUCAGUUUAUUAACCAGGACGAACCUCUAGCAAGGUACGUGGCAAAGCAGUACUAUGAGGAGCAGCCGAUCAAACAGUACCAACAAGAUGUGCUGAGCCAGAUGACUGCACGGUCUUACGUCGCGCAAUUCAACCAGAAGUUAUUCAUGCUUGAUCGGGGUGCUACAAUCGGCGAUAUCCAGUUCCUUCCUGUCGCUCUUCUACAGCUGUUCAAUAACGCCAAUGAGGCGGAACAAGUCUGCAACAUCGAGCCAUACAUGUCAGGCGAAUUCACCAAACUAACGAAUAACCUGACCUUCGUUAGAAAAGACGAAGACGGAAACCCUGUCAAAGGCGCCGACCUCGUUCUAGCAUUCAGUCAUUUCACGUGGCAAUCAUCCAAUGGGAAGCUCGUUAUUGUGGACAUACAGGGGUGGACUCCAAAGGGCAGGGGUUGCACGUUUUUGACCGAUCCCCAGAUCCACUCGGCAGUGUAUGACUGCUUUGGGACUGGGAACUGGAAACAGCAAGGAAUUGAUAAAUUCUGGAGCGCGAUGCACCCAGAAUGCAAUGCCAUUUGUAAACUGCUCGGCUUGGUUCGACCACAACAGACAUAGAUGACGCACAGUAUCAAAGUGACAAAUCUUUUUAUUACAAUUUUAAUAUAGUUGAUAAUAGUAGCAUUGGUUUAUACAAUAUUUUUUCCUGCAAUAAAAGUGACAAUAAUAAAUUGUUAGAGUGGAUUUUAUAGAGUGGAUAUUUUCGCUAUGUGUAUAUCACCCGAAAAAAUGGAACCGUUGAUUUUAAAACUGUUGUAAUUUUAUGUGUCCCAAUACAGCACGACCAUAAUUAUUUUCUAGCGCUAAAAUGUCAAGUUUUACAGAAGAAAUACUUUCUUUGAAAAUAAAGAAGUGUUCAAAUACAAUCUACAUUUUAUUUUUCCGUAUAAAUACUUUAAUGCA